AUGGGUGAUUUCGUUAUAAGACGUAUCUCAACUGAUAUGAACAUCACUGUGGAAGCUGCCAAUAAGAUCGCCAAGAAAAUGGCAGUGGCUAUCUCAAAAUACAAGGACUACCUGGAUUUGUUUUUGGCAUCUCAAUUAUGUAGCUCAUUCCUGAUUACUGCGGCCACCUCAACUUUUGGCUGGUGGCUUGCUUUCUUUGUGCAAAACCAAAAUGCAGUCUACUACUUGAACGAUACCAGAAGACAUGCAGACAAAGUGCCCAGCAAGGAACUCUUUUUAAAAUCAUGGCAGUUAUACACCGAAUAAAAGGAACAGCCAUUUCGCUGUGAUGUGUCAUCAUGUGGCAGUUCUUGCUACAAUUAACAUCUAUGUGAUCAUGGCAAACACAUUAUUAGAUGAUGUACGCAAUGCAUAACCAGUGCUAUCUCAAAGCUAGAUCUAGUUGUCGCCAUUGUCAAUAUUUGAGCAUUCAGUCAAAAUUUUGACACGUUUUCUCUACAGCCG